AUGGAGAUUCAGCAGGUAGUGCCGCCACCACCUAGUUCCGAAGACAGCCUCGUCGAGUGCGCCCUCAAGGUCCUCGAAUGUCCCAAUCCCUGGAGAAAAGCAGAAUAUACUUCCGCGAUAGUCAAGAUGUGGCGUGAAGGCGUAAUUAAGCUUAUCCGGCCUGCAGAAUGGCAACACCUUCGAGCCCCUGACCGGCCCGCUCGCUCCGACGACACGGUCCGCGUGUGCGCGCCAGGAGAGACUCCCCGCCGUGGCAAAGGCGGUACACUAGCCUCCCGCCAGGCGCUCCUGCACUCCGCCGUACACAUUGAGAACUGGGCAGUUGACCUGUCCUGGGAUAUAGUGGCAAGGUUCGGUCUGCGGCCCGACGAGUACGACAUGCCCCGACAGUUCUUCGACGAUUUCGUCACGGAGAUAGGUUCGUACUAUGGUGCGUUUGCCGUACAUGAUGGGCUCUGGGAGUCCGCAUCCAGCACCGCCCACUCAUUGCCUGCUCGUCUCGCGGUAGAGCACUGUGUGCAUGAGGCCCGCGGGUUGGACGUGCUGCCGGCCAGCAUUGCCAAGUUCGCCAAUAACGGAGACGCCGAGUCGGCCGCACUGCUGCGGGACACUAUUUACCCGGAGGAAGUUUCACACUGCGCGGCUGGGAUCAGGUGGAUCAAGUACUUGUACGGCAUUGCACAUGGCACGUUGCGACCCGGUGAGGCGUCGCCAGGCGACGAUGCACCAGCGGCGGCGGCGGCGGCGGCCUCGCCAGCAUCCCUCCCAAAGCCGUCGCAACAACCUGCCCACAACGGCGGUGGGCUUGCGGCGACGACCAGCAGCAGCAACAGCGCAGUGCCGGAUAUUGCGGAGGCGGACUUAAAUGGCAGUCGAUUGGCGGGGUUGGAGGUGGGUGACAGCGGAGUUCAGGAGCAAGCGGGGGAAGCCGCAGGAGCCACGGAGGUCGGGGAUGGCGCCACAGAGAGCAGACAACUUGAAGCUGCCGACGGUGUUCAUGACCAAGCCCGCGUGCCCUUCGCUGGGAAUGGUACGGCUGGCGGCUGCAGCACCCGCGGUGCCGACGGCGGCGGAAGCGAGGAGGCGAGUUACGGGGUUCAGCGGCCCGUGGCGGCGGCGGCGGAAGCGGAAGCGGCACUGCCUGACUGGGUUCUGGAUGCUCGAAAGUACGGCAGCGUGCAGGAAUGGUUCCACUCGCUUGUACGGGCGCAUUUUUGGGGCGGCCUGAAGGCAAGUCUGCCAGACCGGGAAGGAACUCCAAUGCUGUGGACCCUUGCGCCCUCGGCUCGUAUUGGGCGGUUUGCAGUACUGUCCAACAAGAGGAGUAACAUAUCGCCGCCUCUCAAGUGCCGCUGCGUAGAGGGACCCGACAGCGAGCGCCUGCAAAGCUACGGGACGUGGACUCCAGCAGGUAACUUCGUCGCGAACGUCUGACGUCAGCAGGCCUUCAUACAAACCCUAGGAGUGCCUAAACGAACAGCCUUCCAGAGCCUUUUGUCUGGUGCGAUAUCGGUAUCGUCUGACCCACGAGCCGUCACUGCCCAGCCACACCACGGAGGCGAUGCCAGCAACCAUCGCCUUGUUUCCAGUCUCCGCCCGAGAAACGCAGCCCGGCGAGGUACAGGAUGAAAAACAGGACAAUACAAGCCAAACUGUCGGGGUCUCAGCUCAUGGCCGGAACUGGCGUAUAUCUAUUUGGUAUGCAGCCGCGGUACCAAGACAGCUCUCAUCCAUAGCUUCCCUAAACCUUUGGGUUCAGCAAAUCACACUUGACACCGCAACAAUGCGCGCAGCAGGCACCAAGUUAGGAGGUCAAGCAACAAAAGGAGAGAGGGAAGAGUAUGUACGCCGUGCUUUGCUCGCCUGCCCUGCUUUGGCACAGCAGAGCGCUGCAGGUGGAGCUAAACGUUACAAUCCCUCGCACGCCGUGCAUACCCAGCGCCGUGUCCAUGCCCCUGCUUUCCACG